AUGGCCUCAUCACGAUUUCGCGAGUACUUCCAUGUACAAUAUCAGCCCGGAGAACGGAAGCUCAUCCAGAAGAUUGACUUCUUCAUCCUCACCUUUUGCUGUCUCAGCUACUUGGUCAACUACCUUGACCGCAGCAAUCUUGCCAACGCCUACGUAUCGGGCAUGAAGGAUGAUCUUGGCUUUGUGGGCAACCAGCUUAACGAAAUCAACACCUGCUUCACCGUUGGGUACGAAGACGCCAUCUGCCCCGGCGAUAUUCUCCAUGUCCCGUCUCCCGCCUUCAAAUUGACUGACACAUUUCGCAGCUAUGUUAUUGGUCAAGUGCCGUCCAACCUGUCCCUUCACUAUGUCAAACCUCGCUUCUGGUUCCCUGCCAUGAUGAUUCUCUGGGGGGGCCUGACCAUGGUCACUGCGUCGGUUCACAACCCGCAGUCCAUCAUGGCCAUCCGAUUUUUCCAGGGCAUCUGCGAGGCCUCAACCUUUGUGGGCACGCACUAUAUCCUCGGCGCAUGGUAUACCGAGCGCGAGCUCGGCAAGCGCAGUGGCAUAUUUACCUCGUCCGGAUUGGCCGGCACGCUCAUUGGCGGUUUCAUCCAGUCCGGCAUCUACAAGAGCCUCAACGGCCGUCUUGGACUUGCCGGAUGGCGAUGGCUCUUCAUCAUAGACGGCUUGCUCACUGUGCCCGUGGCCAUCUACGGCCUCAUCUUCUUCCCCGACACGCCCCAGACAACCACGGCCUUUUACCUGACCGAGGAGGAGAAGAAGCUCGCCAUCUCCAGGGUCCCAGAAAUUCCCGAACAAUCCCCCAUCACCCUCAAGUUCCUCAAAAAGGUCGUGACAUCGUGGUACUGGUGGGGCUUCGUCGGCCUGUGGUGUCUUGCCGGUGAGCUGGAAAGCUUCAGCACCAACUCCCUCCUGGCCCUCUUCCUGCAAAACCACCCCGUCAACAAGUAUGAUGUUCCUCAAAAGAACAACUAUCCUACCGGCGUCCCCGCCGUCGGCAUCGUGUCAACCCUGUUUUGGGCUGCGCUGACCGAUUUCCUCGGCGGAAAACGCUAUCUUGUUGGAUACUUUAUCGGCGCGACCAGCAUCGCCACCUCCAUCAUGAUCUUGGUGUCGUCGCGGGACCCCAAGAACCCGCACUCUACGACCGUUACAAUGGCAGCCUACUACUGGGCAGGUUCAGUCUACGCCUGCCAAGCCACCUUCUUCGCCUGGUGCAACGACGCCAUGAGAUAUGAGCAGGCCACCUUUCGUAGUGUUGUUCUCGCCGGCAUGAACCUUGGCAACAAUGCCAUCAACGCAUGGUGGAGCAUCUUAUUCUACGGAGCAUCAAUGGCCCCAUGGUUUACUCGAGGCAUGUGGGCAAUGAUUGCCUGCUCUAUUGCGCUCAUCUUUUGGACUGUCGGGCUAUCGUGGCUGGAUCGUAGAAACAAGAAGACAUCGGCUGUGGAGGUUCAUGAAGCAGAGGAAAAACUUCAAGAGGCUUAG